AAUUAACACCUUCCGCUGUUCGAGUUUGGGUGUUUGUUUGCGUGUGCUUUUCGAUUUCAAUUGGUACAUUCGAUCGCCUCUGCGCAUCUGCCAGUCUUCAUGUACACGCGGGCUCUCUGAUCCAUCACCAAACAUUCACAUUGGGCACACACUCCCUCAAUUUCCCAAAUCUCUCGCAAUUUCGAACCGAAACGGGGACCAACUGGGGUUUUCUGCGGCCUGAUAAAAUUUCUUGGGGUUUUCGAUGUCCUAUGACGAUUUUAAGGAUCGGGGAGAGGUGGUGCCGGAGCUGAUUUUGAGAGUUGGUGGCGAAGACGACAAAGGGGACUAUGCUAAGUUGGUGGAUGGUGAUCGGGGCGGUUGCGGGACGGCGGAGGGUUUUGAGGCGGUGGCGGAGCCGGCGUCUCCGAGAAAGUUAGCGUCUUUUUGGUAUUGGGUUAGGUUGGUAUUGUUGGUUAUGUGCUUGGGGUUGUUGGCUGGGAUUUUUGCAAAAUGGGUCGGACCUUAUUUCAUGGAUAAGAAAACCGAAGGCAGUGGCGUUUUAGAUUCAUAUAACCGACCUCACUUGGAGAUUAUUCCAAUUCUUGACUGGGAGACGAGAACAUUCAGUCCUCCAGUGCUUGUGGUUCUAGUCUUUGCUUCUGUGGCAUUAUUUCCCACUGUACUUUUACCAUCUUCACCUUCUAUGUGGGUGGCUGGUAUGGCAUUUGGUUAUGGUUAUGGAUUUCUUCUAAUCAUAUCAGCAGCAGCUGUGGGUGUAUCCCUUCCAUUCUUCAUUGGCUCUCUCUUCUAUCACAAAAUUCAAGGAUGGUUAGAAAAAUAUCCGAAGAGAGCAUCCAUUUUAAGAUCGGCUGGCGAAGGAAACUGGUUUCAUCAGUUUCGAGCUGUAACAUUAAUCAGGAUUUCUCCAUUCCCUUAUAUUAUCUAUAAUUAUGCUGCUGUGGCAACAAAUGUCAAGUAUGUUCCUUACCUGUUGGGGUCCUUGGCGGGAAUGGUGCCAGAAACAUUUGUCGCCAUCUACACUGGGAUCCUGAUACGGACGUUGGCAGACGCUUCACAUGAGCGCCAUGGUCUUUCAGCGCCACAGAUAAUCUUCACUGUAGUUGGCUUCUCUUUGACUGUGGUUACCACAAUUUUCUUCACGGUGUAUGCAAAAAGGCAGCUCAAGGAAUUACAAAAUGACGACGAGCCACUGCUGCAAUAAGGUUCAAGUUCUAGUUUCGGUUGCAGGGCUAAUCUGCCGGACAAGCCAGGCUAAAAACACGGUGCGGGGAUGAAGUUAUUUUAUUAUACGGCUUCAUCUGUCGUUGUUGUCAUUGUUUUCAAACUGAUGCAAAAUAUAAAUAAUUUGGAAGACACGGAGGAGAAGCAGCCGUCACAUGCAUUCAACAUGCUUGACACUUAUACAUGGCAGGCACCUUUUCUUAAAACAAGUGUUGAUUUGCUCUUACUCUUUCUCCCUUAACUAUCUGUUGUAUGAUUGAAAUGUUGCUUCAAGGAUUGUAACUGAACUCUUGCAAGAUUCUUGACUGUAUAUAAGGAACUACUCAUUAGCAUAUUAAUUUAGAUGUAUCUCUCUCGCUCUA